UUUCUUUUUGGCUCCUCCAUCAUCACCGAGCGAAUAGACUGUUCAUCUCCUCUUUCGUUCGAACAGAGGCGAACCAGAAGCGGCGGCGACCAUUAAAACCUCUGCCUCUCUUGGUCUUCGGAGCUGCUCUUCUCCUUCAUCCCGACUGUGAACCAGAGACGACGAUUUGGAUUUGGAUCAGUCUCCCUCUUACUCCCAUCGAGCUAGAGUGUCAUUCAGCGACGGUUCGUCGUCUCCUAGUUAAAGAGAACAGGGGAGCUGUAUUAGAGACGACAUUUGCUCCAUAAUCAACCCCUACCUGCAAUUCCCAGAGGAGUUCCCUAUCGUUAAGAUUGUCAUCUACGUCGAAUUCAAGUCCAACUUCGAAUAGAAAAGACCCAAUCGUCCCUCCCUCACAGCUAUCAUCGUAAAGUCGGUUGCAAGCUCUUGCAAUCACUACGGGAUAAACACUCCGAAGCGAGAGAAGAUACACAAACCCCUUGUUGCAGCAACGAACCCAGGCCAAAACCGAAUCAGGAAUUCAAUGGAUAGCUCAAGUGUAGUAGAUACACGUUUAUUUGGUGAAUGGGAUGAAGCAUUUUCCCUCAUUCAUACUGGUCUUCUUGCGUCACAGAAGAAACCAUCUUGGCAGUCCUCAAUAUGUCAUGUUCUUAGUGCCGUGUUUUGAUGUUCACAGUUCUGAAGAAAUUGAGCUUCUUCUGGGAUCUGUAAAAUCUCCUAGAAAAAAAAAGUGUCCCUUUUCAUAACAGGAUAUGAACAAGUUUUGUGUCACUUGCAGUAGAUUUCCUGUAAAAAUUUUGUUUUUCUCAAGAAAAUUUUGUUCCCAUGAAACCCCAAGAGAAAUUUCCGACCCCAAGAAACGAAUUUGUAAGAUUAUGAUGUUUUGCCCUAAGGUAGGGCUUGAAACAGCACUCGAUGAAACUGGGAUUAGAGCUUCACCAGAUUUAAUAGAUGAUAUACUUCAGAGAUUCGAGAAUGCUGGUAUGCAAGCUUAUCGGUUCUUUGAAUGGGCAGGUAAGCAACGGAAUUAUACGCACAGUGUAAGAGCUUACCACAUCAUGAUUGGUUCUCUGGCCAAGGUAAGACAGUAUCAGAUUAUGUGGGAUCUUGUUAAUAACAUGAGAAGCAAAGGAAUUCUAAAUGUUGAGACGUUCUGUGUGAUUAUCAGAAAGUAUGCUCGAGCGCAGAAGGUGGAUGAAGCGGUUUACACUUUCAAUGUCAUGGAUAAGUAUGGUGUUCUCCCAAAUUUGGCAGCAUUCAAUAGUCUAUUAAGUGCGUUUUGCAAAUCCAAAAACGUGAGGAAGGCUCAGGAGAUUUUUGAUAGUAUGAAGGACCGGUUUGUACCGGACUCAAAGACUUACAGUAUACUUCUGGAGGGGUGGGGAAAGGACCCCAAUCUACCUAAGGCAAGGGAGAUUUUUGCUGAAAUGGUUGACAGAGGUUGUGACCCUGAUAUUGUGACCUAUGGGAUAAUGGUGGACGUUCUUUGCAAGGCGGGGAGGGUUGAUGAAGCGAUUGGAAUUGUCAGAGACAUGGAUGCUAGGGGUUGUAGGCCGACUUCUUUCAUUUACAGUGUAUUGGUUCAUACUUACGGGAUUGAGAACCGAAUUGGAGAUGCAAUUGACAUGUUUUUGGAGAUGGAGAGGAAUGGGGUUAUGGCUGAUGUUGUUGUGUAUAAUGCUCUAAUUGGUGCUUUUUGCAAAGUACAGAGGUUUAGGAAUGUUUUUAGGGUUCUUGAUGACAUGGACCAUAAGGGGGUAUUGCCCAAUGCAAGAACCUACAAUAUUAUUUUGACAAGCUUGAUAGACCGUGGAGAGAAUGAUGAGGCAUUUAAGAUCUUCCUCAGGAUGAUCAAAGUGUGUGACCCUGAUGUUGACACGUAUACAAUGAUGAUAAAGAUGUUCUGUGAGAGUGGUAAGUUGGAGAUGGCUCUGAAAGUGUGGAAGUACAUGAAAAUGAAGCACUUUGUUCCUAGCAUGCAUACAUUUUCUGUUCUCAUCAAUGGGUUGUGUGAGAAAGGUGAAGUGUCCAAGGCUUGUAUAUUCUUUGAACAGAUGAUAGAGAAGGGGAUGCGGCCAUCAGGCUCAACAUUCGGGAGGUUGCGUCAAUUACUUAUUAAGGAAGGGAGAGAAGAUGUACUUGAAUUUCUCAAUGAGAAAAUUAACCUUCUUGUUAAAGAGCCUUUAUGUGAUUGAGAAGUUGUGGCCAGGGAGUUCAAUACACAAGUCAUAAAUUGUAUGGGUUUGAUGUAUUGAGGCAUCUUAAAUUAAAUAUUUGACUACUGCAAGAACAUGCAAAGCUUUUACUGGGUUUCUUCUCUUUGCUUGGUUCCAGGUGGUUACAGCCAAGUAGCCAACUGGUGUAGAGAGCCUUUUUCAGACCUUUCUUCUUCCUAAAAAGCAAAGAGGUAGGGUCAUGUGGAGAUGUGGAGAUGCGUCAAUGGAACUUUGUGGUUAGUGCGAGAAGAGUAACUUAUUGGGUACAAAACAAACUAAGGAGGAGUUUUUAAGCUUCAUCGGGGGGCGGCUGUGUCUUCUACAUAGGGUUGCUCAGCAAAAACCGAAUCAAACUGGGGAAACCAAACCAAAAAACUGGUUUGCAAAAAACGGUGGUACCAGUUUGGUUUUGGUUAACCUAGGAGAAAAAUUGGCAGUUAACUGA